GCCUUCCUCGAUCCAUCUCUCUUCUUUAUUGUGAGCACAGCACAAUAUUAGUCAUGAGGGAGGCCGCCGUGACGGGCACCCUCCGGCCGGAGAAAGGCUCCGCCGCUGGAGUGCAGCUGCCGGAGGGUCCGCAGGAGCCAAUGGAGUUUCUGUCGAGAUCGUGGAGCGCGUCCGCCGUGGAAGUCUCAAAAGCCCUCACUCCUCGCCUUUCCAUGAUUUCAAAGGCAGUAGCGGCAGCGGCAGCAGCGAGGGCCUCCGGCGGCGCCACCGCCAUACGGGAACAUACUACCGGCAAACGGGAUGAGGAACCCACGGCGGUUUCUGGCAAUCCCUUCGCUUUUGCUUCUUCUGCUACCUCCCAGCUCGUCCUUGAACGCAUUAUGUCUCAAUCGGAAGUAUCUCCAUUAACGUCAGGGAGGCUUUCUCACAGUAGCGGACCUUUGAAUGGCUGUACCUCCCUUGCAGAAACAGACAGCCCCCCUGUUUCUCCCUCUGAAGAGCUCGACGACGUCGUCAAGCUCAUUCGCGCAAACAACACUCCACAACCCUACUACGGCGCCGUGCGAGGAGGCGCCGGGGGCGGAAGCGGCGGAGGAAAGAAGGUCGGGAGGUGGCUGAAAGACAGGAGAGAGAAGAAAAAAGAGGAGACCAGGGCCCACAAUGCCCAACUCCAUGCCACCGUGUCCGUGGCCGGAGUAGCUGCGGCAGUGGCCGCCAUGGCCGCCGCCACGGCGGCGUCAUCAGCGACCGGGAAGGAUGAGCAUAUGGCAAAGACGGACAUGGCGGUGGCGUCGGCUGCAACGCUGGUGGCGGCGCAGUGCGUGGAGGCGGCGGAGACCAUGGGAGCCGAGCGCGACCACCUUGCCUCUGUUGUUAGCUCCGCCGUGAAUGUUAGCUCUUACGGUGACAUUAUGACUCUCACGGCUGCCGCUGCUACCGCUCUCCGUGGGGCAGCCACGUUGAAGGCAAGAGCGCUGAAGGAAGUGCUGAACGUAGCGGCCGUGCUCCCGGUGGAGAGAGGAACCGGAGUGGGGAUCGGCGGCAAUGACAGUAGCAUCGGCGGCGAGACCGUGCCAGCCGAGGAUUUUCUUGGUGUUUGUAACCAAGAAGUCCUUGCCAGGGGUCGCGAGCUUCUCAAACGUACCCGAAAAGGUGAUCUUCACUGGAAAAUUGUUUGCGUCUGUAUAAACAGAACAGGGAAGGUGAUGCUGAAGAUGAAGAGCAGGCAUGUCGGAGGGACCAUCACCAAAAAGAAAAAGAAUGAGGUCUUGGAGGUUUGCAAGGACGUGGCGGCAUGGCCAGGAAGGCACUUGUUUGAGGGCGGAGAGCAGCGGCGAUACUUUGGGUUGAAGACGGAGGAGCGUGGGAUGGUAGAGUUUGAGUGCAGGAGCCAGAACGAGUAUGAUCUCUGGACCCAGGGUGUUUCCAGGCUUCUCUCUAUUGCCGCUGAAAGGAAAAACCACAAAAUGAACUGGUUUUAGAAAUUAGCUAUGAAGCUAAUUAAUUAACUGCA